GUGUGUGCUACUAUGAAUGGGGACUAACGAACCCUCAGCAGCGGGAGAGGAUUGUGGGAUUAUGUGUGAGGAGGAGCUACGAGUGUGUGUGCGUGCGUGUGUGUGUGUGGCGAGGGCAAGGUAUUAAAGUCAGCGUAAAGGAGGGGAUUGUGAGGGACUGUGUCCACAUCUGUGUGAACCUGCUAGAUUUCUGUCAGCUCAUCUCAAUCUCUCUCUGUACUUAUUGUCUCUCUUGCUCUCGGUCCUUUGUGUUCAUCACUCCGGUUUUCUUUUUCUUUUGAACGUUUUCUUCUUUUACUUAUGCUCCCAUAGUUCAUCUCCUUUUCUCCUCUCUUUGCUAAAAAGCUUUUAGUUUAAUCUCCCGUCUGUAGUUGGUCUGGCUGGCUUCGUCUGCAGUCUGUUCUCCAUUGUCCCUCUCUUUGAGUCUCGAGACGGUUACUCACUGGGCUGUAUUAGUCAGUGUUUCAGCACACAGAAACCAACAUUCACUCAGUAUUGUCCGUGGUUCACUUGCGGUUAGUUUAGCGUAGCUGGGGUUGAGGAGCGGUUCAGGAGCAGUCAUGGUCCUGGUUAUGGAGGACGCCUGUCCCAACGGGGUGAAGGUAGAGGUGGAGCCCCCCCUGGAUGCAGGCGGGACAAGAGAGCGUUUGGCCGGGGAGGGGCCGUCGGCCGAACUCACAGAUGCUGCCAAAACAUCCGGAGUGAUGCAGCAGGUGUUGGACAACCUGGGGGAGCUGCCCCCUUCCACUGGAGCCAAAGACAUCGACCUGAUCUUCCUCAGAGGCAUCAUGGAGAGUCCCAUUGUACGGUCACUCGCCAAGGUAGCACACACACACGGAGGGGAACACACAGAGACUGACUCACACACUGACCACCCGCUCCUCGCUAAGGCUCACGAGCGAUUGGAGGAUGUGAGGCUGGAGGCAGUGCAGGACAACAAUGUGGAGUUGGUCACGGACAUCCUGGAUGACAUUACCGCCCUAAGCGUCUGUGACGAGAGCGCUGCAGAACUCUCCAAAAUCCUCCAGGAGCCCCACUUCCAGUCUCUCCUGGAGGCCCACGACAUGGUAGCCUCCAAGUGCUAUGAAGCCGUGCCCCCAGCCGAGCUAUCUAACGAGGCCAAAGUGAACAGUGCUCUGAUGCAGGCCGACGCCGUUCGCAUGAUUGGCAUCCGCAAGAAGGCCGGAGAACCGCUGGGAGUAACCUUCAGGGUGGAAAAGGACGACCUGGUCAUCGCCAGAAUCCUUCACGGAGGGAUGAUUGACAGGCAGGGUCUGCUGCAUGUUGGUGACAUCAUAAAGGAAGUAAAUGGGCGGGACGUGGGGAACAACCCCACGGAGCUGCAGGAGAUGCUGAAGGACUGCAGCGGCGGAAUCACUCUGAAGAUACUGCCCAGUUAUAGAGACGCACCAGCCCCACCACAGGUGUAUGUACAACCCCACUUUGAUUACGAUCCAGCCAAUGACCAUCUGAUCCCAUGCCGAGAGGCAGGGAUUAGCUUCAAGAGGCGGGACCUCCUGCAGAUUGUUAACAGAGAGGACCCCAACUGGUGGCAGGCGUGUCAUGUGGUUGGUGGUGCCACCGGACUGAUCCCCAGUCAGUUCCUGGAGGAAAAGAGGAAAGCAUUCGUUCCUCGAGAUUUUGACGGCUCAGGGAUCCUGUGCGGUACACUGCCUGGAAAGAAGAAGAAGAAGAUGAUGUACCUGACAGCCAAGAACGCAGAGUUUGACAGGCACGAGCUGCAGAUCUACGAGGAGGUGGCUAAGAUGCCCCCAUUCCAGAGGAAGACCCUGGUUCUGAUCGGAGCCCAGGGGGUGGGCCGUCGCAGCCUCAAGAACCGCCUGGUGGUCCUCAACCCAACACGCUUCGGAACCACCAUCCCCUUCACCUCUCGUCGUCCCCGUGACGAUGAGCUGGACGGCAACUCGUACCGGUUUGUGACGAGGACAGAGAUGGAGGCAGACGUGAAGGCAGGCCGUUACCUGGAGCACGGGGAGUAUGACGGGAACCUCUACGGAACCAAGAUGGACUCCAUCCAUGAGGUGGUGAACACGGGACGCACCUGCAUUCUGGACGUCAACCCACAGGCUCUGAAGGUCCUGAAGACGUCCGAAUUCAUGCCGUAUGUGGUGUUCAUCGCGGCCCCAGAGUUUGAGACGCUGAAGGCCAUGCAUAAAGCUGUGGUGGAUGCAGGAAUCACCACCAAACAACUGACAGAUGUGGAUCUGAGGAAGACGGUCGACGAGAGCGCUCGUAUCCAGAGGGCCUACAACCACUACUUUGACCUCACCAUCACCAACGACAACCUGGACCGCGCCUUUGAGACGCUUCAGGCGGCGGUCGACAAACUCUGCUCGGAACCUCAGUGGGUCCCGGUCAACUGGGUCUACUGAAACCCACUGGACACUGUCUGAGCAGUCCGUUUGACCACCAAGGCAGGGGAGAAGACAGGUGUUUUGUAAUCUGACAGGCCUCCUCCUCUCCCUAGCCUGAAAUACAGUGACACUUUUUUCUACUCAAAACUCAAAGGGAAAGAGUGCUUAUUUAUUUUAGUAUUUGUAUCAAAAAAAAAAAAAAAGACCUUUCUAUUCAGACCAAUGUGGAAUUCAAGGCUAAACAUUUGGGCUGUAUUUUUUAAUUUAUUUUUUGUCUCGUUUAUUUUGUGUAGUAAUUCCCCAGAGAACAAAUUAUGAUGGCUUUUUUCUUUUCUCUUUGGGGACUACUUUUGAAAGAGAAUUUAUUACUGUCAUAUCAACACAGGUCAAGAAUGAAGAUGGACACUGGACAGGGUCACCAAGAAAAUCUGUUUACACUGAGCAUCGUUGCGAUGACAACUAGCGUGUCUUAGUCCGAAUCCUGUGAAGCCUCGUUUUUUGAUUGUCGUAGACCCCUCACCUCACUCCCUCUCCUCAAACAAAAAAUACCCUGUGUACCCAUUGAUCUUUUUAUGGAUUUUACCCAUAGAUUUAUGAAUAUCUACCACUCACACAUCCUAAAGAGAAUAAAAAAGUUAUCUUUACACUUUUCGUUUUACUACUGAGUAUCAGGUUCACAACAGUGUCCCUGUUACUUUACAGUCAUUCUUUGUCUGUUUUUUUCUUACUGGAGAAUCCACUGUCUUGUUGCUAUGACGAUAUAUGUAGUUGAGUGACAUUUUUACCCCCAUGAUAUUUUGCUUUGUGUUGAUGUUUUCUCAUAUUGAACAAACCACAUCCUGUUUUGAUUAGUUUUGUCUGUAUGGCAUGGCCAUCUGAAUACCAUUCACCAUAUACCCUCCAUCUCUAAGGUACUAGUGGUUUUAAUCUGUUUAUAUGUUGCACGAAACAGUGUUGUCCCAAAGUACUUUUCUCCAGUGUCACACAGCGCCAAAGCCCUCUUUCACUCUUAACUGAAUACUACACUGUCUGCUUCCUGUGGUGAUUCUGAAGGACCUCCUAACUUGUCUAACAACAGUGUUUUAAAACACGUCUGAUAGCAAUACAUUACAAUAAAUUAAGUUACAAUAAA